GUGGGCUCCGGCACCUUCAGCGGCUUCUCCCUCCCGCAUCCCCUGCUCCCGAGCUCUCCUGUCCCCUCCCCGGCCUUCCCGCAGCCUUCCCAACCCGAUUUCAGAGGAAGGCCGGCAGAUCCAGGCGUCCGGGCUGGGAAGGGAAAGAAACGCAUCCCGGCCCUCCGACGGACCCCCCCUUCUCCCUUCCAACUCCUUUCCCAUCUCCCAGCCGCAGCCUUGUAACCCCGGGACAGAGGAAAGCAGGAAUCCGGGGCAAGAAGGGACCCACGCGUCUGGCAUUCCCAGGCCCCCAUCCCUGCCAAUUUCCUCUUUUUUCCCUAUUAUUGCUUUCCCUUCUUCCCCCCUCCUCCAAAAAAAAAAAAAAAGCCAGAGGACGACAGAAAGGGAAGGAACAGUGGCCACCAAGGAGAGAGGCGGAAAAGGCCAUCGAGGCUUGGCAGUAUUGGGGUGCAGGCCGGGGAUCUGAAGAGCCAUGGGGGCCCCCCGGCUCUCUUCCCUGCUGCUACUGCUGCUGAGCUGCCCCUGGACUCGAGGAGUCCCUCUGAAGGAGGAAGGGACGAUGUCUGGGGGAAACCGAGAGCUGUCUACGGCCCCGCCUGUGGUCCUGGCUGAGCUGCUUCAUGGAGCCCUACUGAGAAGAGGACCGGAGAUGGGCACCUUCCCGGGCCUGGCCCCCGUCCCCACAGUAGCCGCUCCAUCAGAGGACCAGACCCUAGCCCCACCCUCGCCCCCGCGGGGUACGGAGCCAGGCGUAGGACCCCUCACCACGGCCGUGACCCCCAAGGAGACCAGGGGAGCGAGGCCCACUGGUCCAGAGCUUCUGACACCACCCCCCGGGACUACGGCCUCCCCGCCCCCGGAUCCCGCUUCCCCGGGCCCACCCCUCAGCCCCGAGGCCGGAGAGGAAGAGACCACGACCACCCUCAUCACCACGACCACCGUCACCACCGUGACCAGCCCCGUUCUGUGCAGCAACAACGUCUCGGAAGGCGAGGGCUUUGUGGAGUCGCCGGAGUUUGGAAGUUCAGCCGGCCCCUCCCUGGGGCCUCUCGAUUGCACUUACAGCAUCUCAGUCUACCCCGGCUAUGGCAUUGAAAUCCAGGUGCAGUCCCUGAACCUGUCCCGGGAAGAGGGGCUGUUGGUGCUGGCAGUCGGGGGGUCUCCAGCUCCGGUCCCCCAGGUUCUGGCCAACGCUUCGCUGCUAGGAGAGGGGCAGGUCCUGCGCAGUCCAACCAACCAGCUGCUGCUCCAUUUUCGGAGCCCUCGGGCCUCCCGGGGAAAUGGCUUCCGGAUUCGCUACCAGGCGUACCUCCUGAGCUGCGGCUUUCCUCCCCGGCCGGCCCACGGGGAUGUGAGUGUGACAGACGUCCACCCCGGGGGUGCCGCUACUUUCCACUGUGACUCGGGCUACCAACUCCACGGGGAAGAAGGCCUCGUCUGCCUCAACGCCACGCGCCCGGUCUGGAGCGGGGAGCCGCCUGUCUGCGUCGCGGCUUGUGGGGGCUCCAUCCACAACGCCACACUGGGUAGGAUUGUGUCCCCCGAGCCGGGGGGGGCCGCGGGGCCCAACCUCACCUGCCGCUGGAUCAUCGAGGCGGCCGAAGGCCGGAGGCUGCACCUGCACUUUGAGAGGGUCUCUCUGGAUGAGGACAACGAUCGGCUGGUGGUCCGCUCCGGUGGAGGGCCGCUGUCGCCGCUGAUCUACGACUCAGACAUGGACGACAUCCCGGAGCGGGGCCUGCUCAGCGAUGCCCAGUCCCUCUACGUGGAGCUUCUGUCAGAGACUCCGGCCAACCCGCUGCUGCUCAGCCUCCGCUACGAGGCUUUCGAGGAGGAUCGCUGCUUCGCCCCGUUUUUGGCGCACGGCAACAUCAGCUCUACGGACCCCCAGUACCGGCCCGGGGCCGUGGCCACCUUCUCCUGCCAACCGGGGUACGCGCUGGAGCCCCCGGGACCCCCCAGCGCCAUCGAGUGCGUCGACCCCACCGACCCCCACUGGAAUGAGAGCGAACCCGCCUGCAAGGCUCUCUGUGGCGGGGAGCUGACGGAACCAGCCGGCGUGGUCCUGUCCCCCGACUGGCCGCAGAGCUACGGUCCCGGCCAGGAUUGCGUGUGGGGGCUGCACGUCCAGGAGGAGAAGCGCAUCCUGCUGCAGGUCGAAAUCCUCAACGUGCGUGGAGGGGACAUGCUGACGUUAUUCGACGGGGACGGUCCCAGUGCCCGGGUCCUGGCCCAGCUGCGGGGGCCCCAGCCUCGGCGCCGGCUCCUUUCUUCGGGUCCCGACCUCACCCUGCAGUUCCAGGCCCCUCCCGGUCCCCCCAACCCGGGGCUCGGCCAGGGCUUCGUGCUGCACUUCAAAGAGGUUCCCCGGAACGACACCUGUCCAGAGCUGCCGCCUCCGGAGUGGGGCUGGAGGACGGCAUCCCACGGGGACCUGAUCCGCGGCACGGUGCUCACCUACCAGUGUGAGCCCGGAUACGAGCUGCUGGGCUCCGACAUUCUCACCUGCCAAUGGGACCUGUCCUGGAGCGCCGCGCCCCCCGCUUGCCAGAAGAUCAUGACAUGCGCGGACCCCGGAGAGAUCACCAAUGGCCACCGGACGGCAUCCGACGCCGGUUUCCCCGUCGGCUCUCACGUUCAGUACCGCUGCCUGCCGGGCUACAGUCUGGAGGGAGCUGCCGUCUUGACCUGUUACAACCGGGACACCGGCACCCCCAAAUGGAGCGACCGGGUCCCCAAGUGUGUCCUGAAGUACGAGCCCUGCCUGAAUCCGGGGGUCCCGGAGAAUGGGUAUCAGACCCUCUACAAGCACCACUACCAGGCUGGGGAGUCCUUGCGCUUCUUCUGCUACGAGGGCUUUGAGCUGAUCGGCGAAGUGACCAUCACCUGCGUCCCCGGACACCCCUCCCAGUGGACCAGCCAGCCCCCACUCUGCAAAGUGGCCUAUGAGGAGCUACUGGACGACAGGAAACUGGAAGUGACCCAGACGACAGACCCGUCCCAGCAGAUGGAGGGUGGGAACCUGGCCCUGGCCAUCCUGCUGCCCCUCGGCCUCGUGGUCCUGCUCAUCGGCGGCGUUUACCUCUACUACACCAAGCUCCAGGGAAAAUCCUUGUUUGGCUUUUCAGGCUCUCACUCGUACAGCCCCAUCACCGUGGAGUCCGACUUCAGCAACCCGCUCUAUGAGGCCGGGGACACACGGGAGUACGAAGUCUCCAUCUGAGCGGCCAGAUGGAGGCCGCUGACCUCCUCCUCACCACCCCCGCCACUGCCAUCCCUCACCCCAGGCUGGGAAGGAGGAGGGGGAAGCACAGAGACUGGCUCCUCCACUUCCGCCUCUCCCCUCCCCACUUUGGAAACACCUCUCCCGGCCCCACGGGAGGGAGGGAAUCACCUUGAAGACCCUAAGGUAGAUAAACCAGCAUCCGGGCCCCGUCCGCCCCGUCCCCAAGUCGUCCUCUUCUCUGUUGCCAAAUAUGGGGGAGUCCAGCUCUUCUCCCCACGCGGUUCCCACCCGUCCCUCCUCUUUUCCCCCUUUUCCCCCAUCCUCGCCUGCUUCCCGGCUCCCUGUCUCCGCGGCCGAUCUUCGGUAGGCCGACCCCGCGCCCCCAUACCCGUCCCCCGGCUUCCCAGCCCCGGGGUCAGUCUCCCGGGGCCGUCCGGGCCUCCGUCUCCCGGCCGCUCUCAUCGGAUGCCAGUUUUUUGCCCACCCAAAUCCCUGCUUCGUCAUUUUUGCCCCUUCUCCGAGUUUCUAGCCCAUUCCCUCGACGUGGUUGAGGGGUCAGAGCCAGCCUCCCCUUUCCGCCGCCACCCCCUCCGCCCCCCGCAAGCUGAUUUCUUCGGGCAGGGGUCGAAGUGGGGUGAUGGGGGAGGACCCCCCCCCCCCCAAGUCACCCGCUUCUGACCAGCUCCGGGUCCCCCAAGCCUCCCAGUAUCCUCACGUUUUGCUUCUGGAUUUUUGUUUUCAAGCAAUAAACGAAAA